AUGGACAAAUUAAAAAGACAUAGAAGGCGUCUCCUUGAGUUCUGCCCAGAAAUGAUGAGUUUUUGUAAUUCAGAAAGCUAGGGUUUCCAUUCCGCGAUCAGACUGCGAUAGGAGCCUCGCCAUAUCCCAGUGCCAUGAAUUGUGAAGUCUGCCAACUCAAAGAACUGGAAGUUGAGCAGUUCGAGAUACGCGAAGUUCUGCGCUGCAUACUACACACAAUUGUAUUUCAUCGAGCUUUAGGUCUUGUUCGGCCCAAAGACAUUGAUUUGGAGCUUUUUGAUAUUACUUACGUGCAAUGUGGGGAUGUUGAAGUUGAGAAAAAGAUAGAUGAGAAGAUUGAGCAGUUCAUUAACUGGGUAGAGAAACACCCGAACAAGAAAAGCCAGAUAUGUUUGUCCUUUUAUCAAGAGAAAAAUAAACAGGCCUCUUGGUUCACUAACAAAAUUGAACGCUUUUAUUGGGAACAAUGGUAUAUCAAUUUGCAUGUGGCACAACACAUAAAAAUACAUUCUGCCAAGACUCACCCACAGAAAAUUCUAGUUGACCCAGAAGAGAGUGAAUUGGAGGAGAGAAGCAUUCGCAGGACAACACUGGAAGCUUCUCUUCGCGAGGUGUUGUUUCAAGUAAUAAAAUUUGUGAAUGAAAAAAAGGAUCAUGUUCCUGCCAUACCAAGUCCCGAUUGUGGUGUUGUGAUUUUCCCCUAUGAAAUAACAAUUCCUAGUUCAUCAGAUUCUGCAUUUGGAAUGGACAUGAUCAAGCGGAUGCUGCAGACUGGACACCCCACUAUGCUGAGCUGAUUAUCAGAGUUCUGGAGCUACACCAGGAAACUUGGGGCAUCGAUCCUUCAUGCAUAUGCACAUCCACUAUCCAUGUUAAUACUCUUUAUCUUCUUCCUUUUCUCUGUCUUUUACUUAGUCAUAUUGUGAAUAUUGACACUAAUCACUGUAUAUACAUAUUUGAUAUUCAUAUGAUUAGUUACAAUAAUAUUAUGGAGUGAGUGAGAACCAUCAUUGUAGAUCCUCUCGACUUUUAUAAGAUUGUGCUUAUCAGUCAUGUACUUUA